AUGCUGGCGUGUGAUUACACCAAGUCGAAUUUUGGUAUGUCGUAUACAUCAAGUGAAGAUUUAGCAUCGGUUGGACUGUUCAGGUGUUAUUCUGAAACGCUCCUGGCCUCCGCUUCUGCAUGCUGUGUGGCCUUCAUGGUCAUCGGCAUCCCUGGCAAUCUCACUACUAUCAUAGCACUCGCUAGAUGCAGAAAGGUCCGGAAUGCGACAGCAAUAUUCAUAAUAAAUCUCCACAUAUGUGAUGUGAUAUUCGGCAGCCUGAUUCUGCCGCUGACAGCCAUCACGUUCUUGCAGAAACAAUGGACUCAUGGGUGGAUCAUGUGUCGUGUGUACGCCUACUGCAAGUUCACUUUAAAUGCCGUAUCCAUAUUCACAGUCCUGGCCAUCACCAUUAACAGAUAUAUCAUUGUUUGUCACCCACUCUGGUACCCCAGAAUUUAUAAAAGAAGAAACAUGACAUUUAUGUUGACACUAAUCUGGAUGUUGGCCUCAGCACUCUUUUUGCCGUCCUACUUUGGAGCAUGGGGUCGAUUUGAUUUAGAACCUAAUGGAGGAUUCUGCACAAUGCUUGAGGACGAAAAUGGGAACUCCCCAAAGAAAUUCUUUUUAACUAUCGCCUUCAUAGGACCUUACCUCAUUAUAGCUAUAUGUUACGCUCGGAUUUGGUGGGUGGUAAUGAGAACUGCAAAAAAAUUACGAGGACAAAAUCCUAGACCAACGCGCCCAACUCAUUUACCUCUAAUGCUCACUCAAUCUGAUACGUCAACGGAUGGGAGGACACUUAUAAGCUUCGAUCCUGCAAGUCCUGCAAACAGUACAACUGAUGAUGAUAAGACGCCGCCUAGCAGUGCCAGUUCUACACCUAGCGAUAAUAAAACUUUUGACAAAUAUUUCAAGGCUCCAUUUAGACUUACUAGAAAAGAAAUAAGACCAAAGGCACCGACAAGAAAAGACAAAAAGCUGUUUGCAAUGAUUGCUGCAAUAAUGCUAUCUUACAAUCUAACUCAUUUGCCAUUGAUGGUGACAAGGUUUGUCUACAAGGAGUAUAAGUCUGAACCUUACGCUAACGUGGCUGCCCAUCUCUUGUCAUAUCUGGGGACUUGCAUAAACCCCAUCAUCUAUGUAUUAAUGUCGAAUGAAUAUCGACAUGCAUACAGGAGUCUCUUUGAAGACAUUAUAAAUAAGUUCCGUAGGCUUAUUAAAUAA